AUGCUUGUGGACGUCUUGGGAGACGCGGAGCCCGUCCGCGCUGGCGCUCGCCCGCUCGGGCCCGCUGGGCGCCUGGCCUCCGCCCUCCUCGCCGCGGCGGCCGCCGGCGCGGCGGCGGCGGCGUGGCACGGCCCCGCGGCCGCCAGCGCGCGCCCCGAGGGCGCCGAGGCGCUGCUGAGCGCCGCGGAGAGCUCGGGCCGCUCCUGCAUCCAGCUGCCAGGCGUGCGCCUGGCCGACGGCGGGAAGCCUCUGCCGGCAGCCGAGGGGAACACCACCUCGGAGGAGUGCGCGCAGCGCUGCCAGGAGGAUGCGCACUGCGCGCAGGUGGUUUACUCCUCCGGCAACGGCGGGUGCUAUCAGUUCGGCAAGGCGACCGAGGUGCUCUCCACCGGCGAGGAGGCGUCCUCGGAUUACACUUCCAUCUAUUGCGGCAGCGGCAAAGGCCUGGCUGAGCUGCGGCGGAAGGAACAGAUCGUGUGGUCCGAGGCGAAGAAGAGGAACCACGCAGACGUGCAGUCGCAGUGGGACGAUGCCGAGAAGCGUGCCCGCGAGCAGCUGGAUGGCAUAGAGCUGGAGGGCAAGCUGCAGUUCGUCAUGGGCAGCGAGGGAGGGCUCGGCUACGCAGGCUUCCUCAAGCUGAACGAGGCCCUGGAGGGCGCGCUGAACGUGCAGAUGAACGACGGGCCGCAGGGCUUCAACACGUACCAGGCGGUGCUGGCGGGCACCAGCACCCAGCUCCCCUGCCUGCUGGCGGUGGCCGCCUCGUUCAGUCCCGGCACCGCUUGGAGGUACGCCAACGUCGUGGCCGAGGAGUUUGUGGAGAAAGGCAGCAACAACCUGCUGGGGCCGGACAUCGAGGUGGAGCGCGCGCCGCUGACUGGCCGGAGCUUUGAGACCAUCUCCGGGGAGGACCCCUACCUGGGCAGCCAGCUGGUCGGGCCGUAUGUGCAGGCGGUGCAGGCCAAGGGCGUGAUGUCCACCGUGAAGCACUGGCUGGACAACAACCAGGAGAUCUACCGGAUGACGAUGACGUCGGAGGUCAGUGACCGCGCGAACCAGGAGAUCUACAUGCCCCCCUUCAAGGCCGCCAUCGAGGCUGGCGCUGCCUCGGUGAUGUGCGCGUACAACAAGGUGCACAAGACCCACGCCUGCGAGAACAAGAAGCUGCUGACGAAGCUGCUGCGAAAGGAUCUCGGCUUUCGCGGAUUCGUCGUCAGCGACUGGGGUGCCACGUCUGAUGCGGUCAAGUCGGUCGAAGCCGGACUUGACGUCGAGAUGCCAGCGGGUGGCUCGUUCACGAAUCUAUCAAAACUCGUUGGGGAAGGCACCCUCUCGGAGGAUCAGAUCGACAGCAUGGCCACGCACGUACUGGCCGCCAUGUACUUCACCGGGCAGUUCGACGGGAGGUUCCCAGAGGACAAGAACACCGCCCUCGGGCACGUCCCCGCCGCCACCGAGGAGCACCGCCAGGUGGCCCUCGAAACGAUCAUCGACAGCGCCGUGCUGCUGAAGAACAAGGGCUCCGUUCUCCCGCUGGAGGGUUCCGAGGGCAAGAAGAUCGCCCUUAUCGGCAAGUAUUGCUCCGAGGCGUUCGAGGCGGACUACGCGCAGGGCAGCGUUUACGCCGGGGGCGGUAGCGGCUUCGUCAACACGACGGAGACUGUGAGCAUCCUGGACGGCGUGAAGGACGUCUUCGGCGAGGGCAGUGAGGUGACCUACAGCGCCGAUGCCUCGGCCGGCAAGGGCGCGGACGUGGCGGUGGUGUGUGCGGCGGCCCACGCGGAGGAGGGCUGGGACAGGGAGGACUCGCUACUCCCAGAGGCCGAGUCGCUCGUGAAGGCCCUGCGGAAGCAGGGCGGGCACAAGAAGAUAGUCGUCAUCGCGAUCCUGCCUGGCGCCGUCACUACUGAGUGGGUCGCGGACGCCGACGCGGUGAUGGUGCUGUUCAUGCCAGGGGAGCAGGUUGGCGUCGCGGUGGCCAAGAUGCUCUCUGGCGAGGCGGCCCCCGCUGGGCGCUUGCCCGUGUCCUUCCCGGAGCAGGACGAAAACAGGUUCACCAUUGACCAGUACCCAGGCGUCUGCCCAGAACCUGACGUGUGGUGCGACAAGAUGGUGGCAAACUUCUCGGAGGGCACCCUGGUGGGGUACCGCUGGAACGACGCCAAGGGCAGGCCUGCGGCCUAUCCGUUCGGGUUCGGGCUGGCGUACACGGAGUUCGAGUACGGGUCGUUCGAGGCAAGCUGCGACAAGGGCAGGGCCGUCGUUUCUUUCAAAGUCUCCAAUGCCGGCGGGCGCUCGGGCACGGAGGUGCCGCAGCUGUACGUGAGCUUCAAGAGCCUGCGGCCAGUGUUGCGGCAGCUGCGCGGCUUCCAGAAGGUCGAUGUGCCCGCUGGCGGCGAUGCCGACGUCUUCUUCGUGCUCGGCGAGGAGGACUGGAGCUACUACGACGAGGGGAAGGGCAGGUGGAUCUCGGCGGUCGAGCUGGGGGAGAAAGUCACGGUGUCCGUGGGGCCCGCGCAGGUGAGCUCUCCCGCGGAGCCACGUGGCGGCGACCGGCCCGGGCCCGAGCGGGCGCAGCGCUCCCGGCUCUACACCCUCGCGGCCCAGACGGCGGCGCCCCUCCCGCUGGCAUUCCCGGCGGCGAGGUGCCCGUGCCCGUCGCGGCCGCCCAGCGGCGGCGGCCUCACCGACCGUACUCCGCUGUGCCUCGACGAGGGCGUGGGCGUCCACUGGGACGCCUUCGCGGCGCUGCUGGCCCAGCGCUCGCGGCCGCUGCUGCUCUCGCUGGGGGCCCUCGGCUGUGCGCAGGCGGGCAAGUCGGUCCUGCUGGGGGAACUGCUCGGGCUGGACACUGCCUGCGUGCACGGGGCGGAGCCGGACGCCCGCGGCCGCCGCUCGCCCCUCGCUUCGCCCGCGCACGCCCCCGGCGUGGACCUGCUCCGUGCCGAGGCGGCUCCGCUCGGGUGGGUGGCCGACGUGCACGGGUGCGCGCUCGGGGACCCGAUUUGGGCAGCGCUGAUGUCCACGCUCCUGGCAGCUGCGUCUGUGGUGCUGCUGCAUGUCUCGCCGGACGACUUUGUGCCGGAGGGCGGCGGCCCCGCGGCGGCCGCGACACACGCGUCGCCGCCGCAGGCGCCGGCUUGGCGCGGCACCGUGCGCGGCGGGAGCAAGCUGCCUA